AUGCAGCAUGCGCAUUGCAGCUGCGUGCACGGUGCAUGCUGGAUUGGGAAGGGCUGGACGGGCCAGAGGAGGGGCACGGGGGACAAUGGGGUUGCACUUGGUGUCGGGCUGGUGGUGUCGCGGGUGUCGAGGGUUGCAUGGCGAGGGAGCGAGAUGGAGGAGGAUUGGACGAGACGAAGUGACGAGCUAUCGGAUUGGCUCGAGCGGCACAGGCCUGCACAGCAACCUUCUCCGCAGCCGGCAAGCCUCUGGGCCAAUGGCCGUGCAGAAGCGGCAUGCAGGCAGGAAGCACGGGCCCGCCUCCCAUGGGACGAAAGAGCCAGAGCCCCACCCGGCGGGAAGGAGGGGCCAGGGGCUGGGGUCAAGCUCAGGGACCAGGGGUGCAUCUGGCAGCAGGGCAGCAGGGCAGCAAUAGCAACUGCUCUCUGCUCAAGGACUGCGAGCUGUGCAAGCUGUGGUGCCACAGCUCUGCAGGUCCGCUGCGAGGCCCACUGGGAGCUUCUUUCCGCAGGGGCACGUGCGACCGCCGCCGACGCGACGGCUGAUGAAGGACAAAGUACCUGA